AUGAAUAAUUCAAAUAAAAUAUCUUUAAUUGGUGAAAAGAAGGAUAUAAAUAAUUCAUAUAAUACGAAAACUUUAUGGGUUGGUGAUUUAGAUAAAAUAAAGGAUGAAAUAGUUGAUGAAAAUUAUAUAUUAUAUUGUAUGUUUUAUGAAUUUACAGAUGAUAUAAUAAAAAUAAAAUUAUGUAAGGAAAAAAAUUCUCAAAAAAAUUCAUAUGCUUUUAUUGAAUUUUCUAAUUUUGAAAUUGCAAGAUAUUGUUUUGACAAUUUAAAUGGAAAAUGGAUACCGGGAAAAAUUCACAAAUUUAAGUUAAAUUGGGCAAAAUAUAACAUGACUGAUAAUAUAAAUCAAAGUGAGAAAAACUUAGAUGUAGAAUUAGAUGAUAAAGGAACAUAUUCUAUUUAUGUUGGAAGUUUGCCUCCAUGUACAACAAAAGAAGAAAUUGAAAAUUUAUUUCGUAAUUUUUAUAACAGUAUUUGUUUUGUUAAAAUGAUAAAAAAUUGCAAUAAAAAUCAGAAUAAAAUUUAUUGCUUUGUUCACUUUUUUGAUUAUGAAGAAUGUAUUAGGGCUUUAACAGAAAUGGACGGAUAUAUUUUGAAAGGAUAUAAAAUUAAGGUAAGUAAAUCUAAUGGAAUAAAAAUAAAUAACUCAGAAAAUAAUAAUUACUGUGCUAAUCAAAAUUAUAAUUUAGAUAAUAAUAAUUUAAAUAAUGGCCAUAUAAGAGACUUCAAUGUACAUAAGAACAAGCUAAUGAAUAAUGUCACUGAUGAACAAAAAAAAAACAAAAAAAAUUAUUAUUUCUAUUACAAUAAUUCUAAUAAUGAAUUAAGUAAUGCAUAUAAAAUUAAUUACUAUGAUUAUGAUCAUCUUAAUUCAAGUAUUAACUCUUAUCAUGGAUACAAUAAUAGUAAUAUUUUAUAUGAUUCAAAUAAUUACAAUAAUCACAUAAAUCAAAUAAGUAACUACAACGUUAACAUGAACCAGAGUAAUAACUAUAUUUCUGAUACUAAUCAGCUAAAUAAUUAUAUUAUUAACUACUCUAAUAAAACAGACAAUCUCAUAAAUUACAACAUGAAUAAUUUAAAUCAUAUGAGUAAUUUUAAUUAUGCUUAUUCAGAGAAUAAUGGAAAAAUUAAUUUAUACGAAAAAAAAGAUAUAGAUAAAAUAAAUGAUAUUAGCAUAUUUUCUGAACAGAAAUUUAAUGACACAAAAGAAAAUGAAGGAAUACAAAAAGAAUCAAACUCUUUUUGUGAAAACUUGUAUGAGUUAAGUCUAUGUAAUAAUACAUUCUCAAAUGAGGAUUAUAAUAAUUUUAGAGCUUCAGCAAAUAAAAAUAAUAGAAAUAAUGAUAAUAAUAAUAUUAGUAAUUAUGAAAACAAUAUUAAUAAUAUAAAUAAACAUGACAUUGAUGAUAAUGAUAAUAGAAGCAUUAGUAUUAAUAAUAGACACACAACUAAUAAUGAUAGUAUUCAUAACAAUAAUAAUAAUACUUAUAGUAGUAUUGACAACAAUAAUAAUAAUACUAAUAAUGAUAAUAUUGAUAAUAAUAGUAAUAAUACUAAUAAUGAUAAUAUUAAUAAAAGUAAUAAUAAUAUUGAUAAUAUUAGUUUUAUUAACAAUGAAUGA